AUGUCCCACCAGCAGGAUGCCCCGGAGAUGACCCAGGACACGCUUGAGAGACUAGAGCUGCCAGAGAACUGGACAGACACGAGGGAGACCCUUCUGGAGGGCAUGGUGUUCCAGCUCAAGUACCUCGGGGUCACAAUGGUUGAGCAGCCCAAAGGAGAAGAGCUGUCUGCGGCUGCUGUCAAGAGGAUAGUAGCCACAGCCAAAGCCAGCGGAAAAAAGCUCCAGAAAGUCACAUUAACAGUCUCCCCUCGUGGAAUCAUCCUUUACGACAGUGCCUCCAACCAGCUAAUAGAAAACAUUUCCAUUUACAGAAUAUCCUAUUGCACAGCAGAUAAGAUGCAUGACAAAGUGUUUGCCUACAUCGUCCAGAGCCAACACAAUGAGGCACUCGAGUGUCAUGCCUUCCUGUGCACAAAGAGAAAAGUGGCACAAGCAGUAACCCUGACAGUGGCGCAGGCUUUCAGAGUGGCAUUUGAAUUCUGGCAGGCGGCCAGGGAAGAAAAGGAGAAGCGAGUGAAGUCGGGUUCAGAUGGUGAAGGAGUCAACAGCAUCCAGUCAGACAGCUCAGCGAGCCUCGGCAGCCUGAAGGGAGGAGAGGGAGCCACUACAAAACUCCUCGACCUGGCGGAAGGAGCCAAUGAAACGUUGGUCCACUCAGGAACAUUUCAAACAGACUUGAAUUCCUUUACGGUGCAUAACCAUGCAACUGAGAACAACAAUACAGUAUGGGAGCUUGAGGACGGUCUGGAUGAGGCUUUCUCAAGACUCGCUGAGUCUCGCACUAACCCCCAGGUCCUGGACAUUGGGGUAAACCCUCAGGAUUUCACCACUGAUGACUGCCUGUCGCCAGGCAAAUGGGACCAGGAAGACACAGACUUUCCAGCACAAAAAGACUCUCCGGGGUUCUAAUUGAAAGCCUCCGCCCAAAGAGACCGGCAGGGAAAAGACGAGACAGUCAAGUGGGUUCUCCGCAGCCCGUUGAUGUCCCCUGGUGGUUCAGACUGGGGCGGCUCUUGGGCGCUUCUGCAUCGACUCAACUCGAGAAGGGUGACACGAGCAGGCUUUGCACUCAACAGGCCAAAGCAAUAUGAAAUGAUAAAACGAGUUUCUUUUCUACAAUGUGCAGCCUGUUUGUUACACUCAGUGUAUUAUUUCUUGUUACUUCUCCUUAUCCAUUCACUGUAUGUAUUGUGUUUGUGGUAUAUAUAUAUAUUUUUUUGCAAACAUGUUUAAGAGUCUGUGUACGUGAACACUUUAUACCAAGGCUUUUGCUUCUUGUUGGGCAAUAUACGCUUUAAGGAAAAGUAUGAACGUCUUUGUAAAAAAAAAAAAAAAUAUAUAUAUAUAUAUAUAUGCUAAGAGAUAUAAGCAAAUGACAAUCCUAUUUUUUUCCAAAUGCAAAAUCUAUUUUUGGCACAGUGCAUGUUUCCAUGUUUAAAAUGACAUCUUUCAUGUAAGGGAAUUUCAUGUCCAAAUUAUUUGUUACCCAUGCCUUGAUACCUUGAAUACAGCGGAGUACCCUUUCUUACCUGCAUUAAACACAAAGCGUUAAGAAAGCUGCUAAAAUUGACCGUAACAAGUGUACCCACACAGACAUGUUGGUGGAACAACAACAUUUACAUACCUGUAGAUUCAAGAUGGCUUUAUUACUUUGUUUUUCGGUUUGCAAACUUCAGAAGCCACAUUCACUCAGAGAACCAUUCCAAAAAGGAUUGGACGCCAGUGUAUUCACCAACUGUUGGUGCAAUGAUUUAUUUUUCGGAUUCACUCUUCAGUGUUAUUUUUGUACCUUGUUGUUUGCUGAAUGAAUUUAACUUAACAAAUUUACAUUAAAUUUCAAGACAGUUUGUUUGCUUA